CGGGACCGCUGAAUGCAGGAGGAUUGUUUGCUGAACGGCAGGGGUUUCAUCAGCCUCGUCCGCCGGCCGAGAUGUUUGUUGAAGGGAGCAGCCCGCUGAAAGGGAUCGAUAAGCCGGGGAUGGGGGGUUCUGGACGGAAGAGCUGGAUGUGGACAUUCCCGGUGAGAUUUGGAUGUGCCGUGGAGUUUUGAGUUUCCGGAAAUUGAUGCCACGGGCGCGUCGGGGAGGUAUCGCGCCUUGUUGUGGGUGGAUGGGUUCCGUAAGUUGCGUUCUCUUAAUUCGGCCGCUACAUCGGCCCGCAAACGUCAUUCCCAGCGCCCGAAGGCAUCCUCAACUACGAGGGAUCAACACGAUCGCCAUCGCCAUCUGGGCGACUCAGCCUGGCGGGGCGCGGCUAUCGAGGUUGGCCAUCAAGGCGGGCACGCCCGUCCUGAGGGGCCGGAGGCCAGUGGUUAAUGUUGCCGCACCCAGGUGGACUGAGAGGCCUGGGGGGCGUACUGAUAAUUCCAUUUUCUCUUUGACUUUGAUUAAUAGAAAACAAUCGCUGAAUAUUUCCUUUUUCGUUCCCUUGUCUCUGGCGUGCUGUGUAGAGUAACUGAAUCCGGUAUGUCGUGCAUGUGCCAUGCAGUGUUGCAGUCCCGCAUACCUGCAUGAUCCGUGAGGGGCAGGUAGGAACAGGCUUAGCGACCCCCAGGGCGUCCAAUAUUUGCGGUCACUUGACCUCAGACAGGCGCC